AUGGAGACAAGCAUGAACGCAGAUACACGUCCAACGAGUGGGGACGGAGACGCACAAGCUGAGGAGCCUACAGCCAAGCCAUCACCAUCUUCCCCGAUUGCAUCAUCUUCCACUCCCAAUAAAGCCUCGCCGAUUGACCUCAGACCACGCAUGGGUCGGAAACAGGGAUGGGACGCAUGGAGGCCUGGACCAUACGGCCCUCCAACACCUCCGAGUAUGGAGAAGCGACUGGCCGAAGAGAGUGCGUUGGAGAUGGCCGCAAUGAUGGGUCACGGAAGACAGGAUGGUCGUGCUCGGAAGAUUAGACCUCGUAGGACCGUUGAUGUGGGAGGCUCGAUGUCACGCUGGACCUUGAUGAGAUCUUUGAAAACUUGCCCAGAUGAACAGUAUUUUAUCAGACCUUGUAUAGAUCAUUUGAUUGAAUUUUUACCACCUCAGGCGUACAGCACCAACCCGUCGACGUCAAUUUUGACAAAAUAUGUUCACACAUCUACCAAUAAAAUACGUUGCCCAAUCAAUAUUGUCCGGUUUACACCUGAUGCGAGGAGGGUACUGACAGGGGCGACGAGUGGCGAAUUUACUCUAUGGAACGCGCUGACAUUCAACUUUGAGACGAUUCUACAAGCGCACGACACAGCCGUCCGAGCGCUGGAUUGGUCGAAAUCAGGAGCCUGGUUGGUAUCAGGAGACAACAAUGGAAUCAUCAAAUACUUCCAACCGAACAUGAACAAUCUACAGAUGUUUGAGGGACACAAGGAUAGCAUUCGGGAUAUCAGUUUCUCGCCCAAUGAUAGCAGGUUUGUUAGUUGUGGGGACGAUGGGGUAAUCAAACUCUGGGGGUUUGAGGAACGAAGAGAGGAGAGAAAUUUCACGGGACAUGGGUGGGAUGUCAAGUGCGUCAAAUGGCAUCCAACUAAAGGCUUGAUUUGCUCAGGUGGCAAAGAUAGCUUGGUGAAGUUUUGGGAUCCACGGAUCGGGAAAUGUUUGGCCACUCUCCACGGACACAAGAACAGCGUGCAAGCAUGUGCUUGGAAUCCCAAUGGACACAGUAUUGCAACAGCCUCCCGGGAUCAGUUGAUCAAAGUAUUUGAUAUCCGAAUGAUGAAAGAGUUAGCUAAUCUGCGGGGACAUAAAAAAGAAGUUUGUUCUCUUGCGUGGCAUCCUAUACAUCACGAUUUGUUGACUUCGGGGGGCUCGGAUGGAUCGAUAUUCUACUGGUGUUUGCCUGAUUCGAAUCCUAUCGACUCACUUGACUUCGCACACGAUAGCAACGUAUGGUCACUGGAUUACCACCCUCUGGGACACACUCUCGUUAGUGGUAGCAAUGAUCACACCACUCGGUUUUGGAGUAGAGGUAGACCAGGUGUGAAGAUCGCCAAUGAUAGGUUCCAUGUGGGUAAGGAGCGGGCCCGGGAGAUGGGUGUCAAAGAUGAGGAGGAACAAGUCGAAGACUUCUUUGUACCUGGUCUCAGCAAUCAGUUUGGACACGCUACUGUGGGGAGCUUCUUUGGUGCAGGAACGUUUGGACAGCCCUCAACAAAAGAUCGCAACAUGGCUGAAAUGGACGCGCAAAUCCAGAUACCUCCGGCGCUGAUGGGUGGAGCAUUUGGGGCCAACGGGCCUUCCGUCAUGGGUUUACCGGUGCCGCCCCGACCAGCAGAAGCAGUUGCAAUGGGUAGCGGGGGUGGGAGCGGUGGGCAAGAACUACCAAGUAUACCUGGAUUCGGACGUGCAGUAGAUACGAGCGACAAUUCAUUACCCGGCUUGGCGCUUAACUCCAAUCAAAUCAACCAUCCUCCACAAAAUUCAGGCUGGAGAAGAGGCCCAUUGCCCAGUCAGGAGGUCGCAAUGGGACGCGAUUUGGGAGGCUUUGGUGGAGACAUGGGGCAUCAACAAACUGGAAAAAAUCGAUGGCGAGGCAACAAAGGUAAUCAUAAUCAACACCAUCGUCAACACCAAAAUCGAUGGCCUUCCAAUCUCCAAAACAAUCAUCCCGCCCAACAACAACAACAUCAUCACCAUCACCAUCACCAUCCUGUUGGUGGCCCACCUGGUGUGGGCCCUGGUCUAGGGAACAGUAAUAACAUGCACAUCGACGAAUUCGGAAGAGAAAUCCCUCAUCAAACUUCUUCAAAUAACAAAUUCAAAUAAUCGCGUUUUGGUCUGAAAUUUCUUAUCUAAGGAUUCCUAAAAAGACGAAUAUGAUCGAGAUCUUCUUGUAGUUUUACUCUUUAAUAUUCAAGAUUUCAACAUGCCCCUUUACUGAAAGUUGAGCUUCCUCUCCUUCAGACAUGAUCAGGCUCUACCUUGCUUCAAAACGAAGAUGAACAGUGGAAAAUGCACCAACUCCGUUAAAUCUACAAUUCCUGAUUAUCAAAGCAGGGGCUUCAUCUCCCACUUGCCUAGUCCUCGCCACAGUUCGAUGUACCAACCAACCCCCUUCAUGAUGAAGAAAUUAUUGGUGAUAAUUGUGAACCCACUGAUGCAUACUAUCUGAAAGUCUUUAUAUCUACUGCUUGCCCUAUUUUAGAAACUUUCUGUCACAAAUAUAUCAUAGUCGACAUGCUCAAACUAAAGAAGAAUAACUAUGCACAAACAAACUACAUAAAUAAACCUUUCACAGCGGACAGCAUUUCACAUUUAUUACUUUCUGAUCAAUUUUUCAGGAUUAUCGAAAUUCUAAUUUAUGUCUAAUCAUCGUUGAGAUUGAGAAGAAACAAAU